GUAUGGUCGAGUGGCCAGCUCUGCCGAUUUCAACAGGGCUAGGGGUAGGUUUAUGUUUUUGUCGGUGCUAAUGGUAUAGCUUUUGGGUUGAAAAAUUAUAUUCAUCAUGGAAAUAAAAGACCUGGCAGAUUUAUAUGGCGACGAACUUAAAUUAACAAAACUGAUCAGAAAAAGCUCGGCACGUGCUCAGGAAAUUGCUAAAAGACAAGAAUUGGAUUCUUCCGAUGGACAAAUCAUCGAUGACCAUGAUCAAUUUUACAAAGAUCACAAGUUGCUUCUUCUAUUAUUUAGAUGGCAUAAUAUCUUUAUUUUAGGUCAAAAUUUGCAAUUUCCUCAUCUCAGUAAUCUCAUCGUCAUUAUCAGUUUGGGAUGCCUGGUGCUAGCAGUGGCUUUUCUUUUAACACUGAGCGCAUUAUUAGAUGGAUAUACAUUGUACCAUACAAGCGCUUACUACCAUAUUAUUAUAAUGCUAAACAUGAACUCUGCUCUGUGGUAUAUUAACUUGAGGGGCAUUGGAAAUGCUAGCCAGGGUUUGGCAGAUAAUUUCCAGAAGGACAUAGAUAACUUUUGCACCGGAUACAUAAUAGCCCACUAUAGAAGACUAUGGCUAGAACUAAGCGAGCUCCUCCAGUCUAUAGGAAAUGCUUACGCAAGAACGUAUUCUACGUAUUCGCUGUUUAUGAUCACCAACAUCACAGUUGCGACGUACGGCUUUAUAUCAGAAAUCAUGGAGCACGGGAUAACGUUUUCUUUCAAAGAAAUGGGCCUUAUUGUAGCCAGCGCGUAUUGCAUGGUGCUUCUGUACAUCUACUGCGAUUGCUCACAUAAAGCCUCAGAUAAUAUAGCUCUGAGGAUCCAGAGAUCGCUAAUAGAAAUUGAUCUAACUACGAUUAAUCUAGACACAGGAAAAGAGAUUGAUAUGUUUUUGACAGCAAUUCGUCUAAAUCCUCCAACAGUGUCUUUACAAGGCUAUUCUGAUGUUGAUAGAAAACUUAUAACUUCAAGUGUUUCCACCAUAGCGAUCUACCUAAUUGUCCUGCUACAAUUCAAGAUAAGUUUACUCAACAUGAAAUCUAUAGAAUAAAGCUUAAAUGAUAUAUUUCUAGAUUAAAAUGCUAGAUUAUAGAUUAAAAUAAGUAUGUAGGCACAAGUUAAAUGUUAUUUUUGUUACAGGUUGAUCUAAUAAAGUUAUCAACAUAGCAAUUCGAACGUUACAGCUAGC